AUGAAAAAUCCCAGAACCUGGAGCGCAAAGGAAUGCUUCAAGAAAGUAAACUCUGUCGACAUACCUGUCAGGAAGAAGCCGAGCAAGCCGCUGAAGAGGAGCAGGUCUCUGAAGAUCAAGAAGGAUGCAAUGACUCCAAGGAAAAUAGAGACUCCCAAGAAGAAGGUCAGGAUUCUGUCUCCCGGCAGCCGUGUAGAAAUUAUGGGAGGCCCAGAAUCAAAGAGGUACAUCUCUGCAAGAAAAAUAAAUUUCAAUGAUUAG